CGGUGGGACACGGAAUCUGGCCACGAUUGCACCUACAACUAAAUUAUUAAAUUUUUUUUUUUAAUUAAAAAAAAAAUAAUGUUUAUAGGUAACUUGGAACUACAAUAAGUCACACAUGCAAAACUUAUAAUGUGCCGCAUAGAGUCAGUAUAUAGUGUGUGUGAAAAGGAUUACACAAAAAUUAUAUACAAAAUUAUUUAAAGCAUUUAUUCACAAAUUCGCAUUGAAGCGCACAAAGAAGGUGACUCACGCUUCAGUAAUUUGGGCUUUAAACUGCAUUGGUCUUAUGUUUCAUGUGAUGCAUUGUACGCUGGGUAAUGACAUAAACGGCGUUGUCUCUUACAAUCUAGAUUGUGUGGCUAUUCAGUUGGAUUUGAGUUGUAUAAUCGUUAAGUUGUGUUGUAUGUUGACCGCUGGUUACUAUAGCAGCAAAAUUUAUAUUUAUAUAUACAUACAAACGUCUGUUUGUUGAUUCGUCUAUACGCAAACCGCGGUGGCAGCUUACUACUUACGCAUAGUUGCGUAAACAAUUUUUAAAGGCACACAUACAUACAUACUUCAUGCAUAUGAAACGAUAUUUUACCAAAUUAUUUUAGUGGAUUUUUGUAAUACGAACCGAUGGCACAACUACAUAUGCUUUGAACGUAAAUUAAAAUAAAUAAUAAGUAGUAGUUCUACAGAAUUCAACACAUCAGCAAAUAUACACUCUUCAAGGAAAUGGCGCAGAUUGCAACAAGUAUGGCCAAUGCCUUUAGUAAUGAAUCUGAGAUGAAGGCCAUGGAUGCUAAUCGAUAUGCGACUAAAAAAACAAUCGCACAAGGUAUGCUGGACAUCGCGCUUCUCACCGCCAAUGCAUCCCAAUUGAAAUACAUACUUCAAGUUGGAGAGCAACAUCAGUUUUAUAAACUAAUGUUGGUGAUGAUAAGCCUUUCGAUAAUCUUACAGCUCUUGGUUGGAAUACUUUUUGUUGUUAUUGGUAGUCUAAAUAUCAACCGCCAAAAGGAUCAAGCAGCCGCUGUGAUCAUAAACGACAUAAUUCUGGUUGUCAUAUUUGUAAUUUCUGUAAUAAAUAUUAUAAUAUCGGGAUUCGGCAUCGAAUACUCUUCUCAACCACUGAUACGCUUAGAAGAGCAGGCUAAUAAAUUGCCAUAAAAUGUACCGAUAUAUGUAUGCAUUAGAAUGCACUAGAGACCUGCACAAAUAAUUGCUGGAACUUUAUUGGUUAUAUUAUCACUUAUUGGGAUACAUAAAAGUAAAUAUCAACGCUCUGUCGCAGAGACGCUAAACCAUGUUGUGAAUGGAAUAAUUUUUGUAUCGGUUUUUUGUGAUAUUAUAAAAAUGAAUUUCGGCCUUGAUCCCGCCAUUCCCACGAUCGUAAAAGCUGACAAAUGAAAGCUGUAGUUCGUUAUAUAUUGAGCAAU